AUGAUUUCUCUUUCCUAUGUCCUCACAGGGCUCACCCUUGUUACAUCAGCAAUUUCAGUGUCUGAGAAUCAACCCUUCGACGAAGCUCCCAAUAACCAGACUCUCAGUAUCCCAAAACGUUUUAUUGUUGAAUUCAAUGAGAAUGUCAAUGCUGCUGAUGCCGCUAAUGAGCUGGCGAGAGUCAGCGGUAAGAAAGUUGUCAAAGUCUAUGAUAGCGACGUCUUUAGGGGAUGUUCCUUAGAGUCAGACGAAGACAACUCAGACUCUCUCCAGUCCCUCAACCCUGUUAGCCAAGUAUGGCCAUCCAGGAAGUAUCAAUUAGCGCCAAUCACCCCUUCCGUCGUUUUAACGGACGAGGCUAUCAUUACGAAUUACUCAAUCCAUGCCAUGACUGGCGUGGACAAAAUUCACGGUGCCGGGAUCACAGGGAAAGGCGCACAGGUUGCAAUCGUCGAUACGGGCAUCUCCUAUGAUCACCCAACCCUCGGAGGCGGAUUCGGUAGUGGCUUCAAGGUCGCUGGUGGAUACGAUCUCGUCGGAGAUGGAACAUGGCCAGCAGCUGGGGAGAAAGAGCCAGAUGAUGAUCCAUUGGAUCAGCAAGGUCACGGCACGCAUGUCGCCGGUAUUGUAGCUGGUAAAUCUGACCAGUUCACUGGUGUCGCCCCUGACGCUACGCUCUAUUCAUACAAGGUUUUCAGCACCAUUGAUGGCACAGACGAGGACACUCUCAUUGAUGCUUUCAUAAGAGCCUACGAUGACGGCGCGGACAUCAUUACCUGUUCUAUCGGUGCAGUUAAUGGAUACACAGACGGGCCAUGGGCUCUCGUGGGCAACCGACUUGUCGAACGCGGUGUCUUAAUCACCAUAUCUGCUGGUAACUCAGGAAGUAUCGGGGCAUUCGCAGCAAACAGCGGUGCAGCUGCUCCCAACGUCCUCGCAGUCGCCUCAGCAGAGCCACUCACUAUCGCAGUCCCAACCUUCAACAUCACAUAUAUCGAUGGAGCAGCCGCAAACUCAAGUUGGAUUCCCUAUAGUGCCGUAGAGCCAUGGGACCAGUCGCAGGUUAAGAACUGGCCGAUCUACCCUUUAAGCCUAGAGCCAUUGGAAAAUGAUGCAUGCUCACCACUCCCGGAAAAUACGCCCGAUCUAGGAGGAAAGGUCGUCCUAGUUCGCCGGGGCGGUUGCGCUUUUGCUGAUAAGCAGAUCAGUCUGUUACCCUUCAACGCUUCUCAUAUUCUGUUCUACAGUAACGAUCAACCCCUGACCUCCCCUUCAACCCCAAUCUGGGACAGUGUCGUCGGGAUGAUAUCUGCAGAAAAUGGGAAGGCAAUCAUAGAUACUAUCAAGGCCGGUGGCAACGUAACGGCCGACUUCUCACACCGUGCUGAUCUGCACUACGCCGGCAUGGAGAAUACUGACCUGCCUGGUCUCGCGAGCUCCUUUACCUCGAUAGGCCCUACCAACGAACUUUUCAUCAAAUCAGACAUCACUGCCCCUGGUGGCCGGAUUCUGUCAACGUAUCUCAAUGGCGGUUUUGCUAUAUUAAGCGGCACCUCAAUGGCGUGCCCAUAUGCUGCUGGUGUUGCUGCUCUCUAUGUUAGCAAAUACGGCGGCCGCAAGACUCAGGGGCCAAAAUGGGCCAAGUCUCUCGCUAUGCGGAUUAUUGCGUCUGGCGAUGCUAUCCAAUGGGACGACGGUCUCCUAACAGGCAACGUGUACGACUUUUUCGCGCCUGUUGCGCAGGUCGGCACUGGCCUGAUCAACGCGACUAAGAUUCUGGAUUACAAGACGUCGCUGUCCUUUGCCAAGUUUGCUCUCAACGAUACGCACCAUUUCAGCCGUUACCAUAACGUUGAAAUAACCAAUAACGGCAAUUCACCUGUGACAUACACGUUUACACAGCAGGCUUUCGGCGGCAUGAACACGAUAGAUACUGACCCAAGUCGCUGGGGCAACCCUCAAGUUGCGUGGCAUGAGUAUCUUAUGGUCGACCCUCAAAGUUUGACGCCGCGCGUUUCCUUUCCAGGAGGGACUUUCACCGUCCAGCCAGGUGAAACCAAGAAAGCCGAGUUUUCGUUCAUGUAUCCCGAAGUAACCGAUCGGUCCAAGCUUCCGGUUUACAGCGGUAAGGUUCUCAUAAAAGGAGACAAUAACGAAGAAUUGGGCAUCCCGUAUCUGGGGCUCAGCGCCGACUUACACAAGGAUAUUACCAGCAUCUUUUCUUAUGGAAUGGGCUUCCCGACGAUGACUUCCGGUGCUGCCAACACUCCCAUUAAAGAAAAGGCUACUUUCAGCUUUGACCUCUCGCUCGAAGCUCAAGAUUACGUGAAAGCAUACGCCCGUCUUCAACAUGGAACGCGCCAGCUCAGAUGGGACAUCUUUGAAGAUUCGUGGACUGAGCGUGAAUGGAAGUACCCUCCCGUUGUCGGUGAGGCCAAGUACGUUGGUUCUGCAACCAGCUGGGUCAAUUCAGCCAGGGGCGUGGCUUUCGACCCUUCCAAGGACGAUGCGAGUCAGGUGAUCGCACUGCCGGCCAAGGACGUCGCGAGAAGCCAGACUGGGUACCGUGGAGAGGAUCUCUGGUGGGUCGGGACGCUCGCCAACGGGACGCAGAUCGCGCCGGGGAAGUACAAGAUGAGAUUUGCCGCGCUGGUGCCGUUUGGCAAUCCUUUUGCAGCGGACAACUGGGAUGUAUUUGACACGCCCACGUUUGAAGUCACAUCUCACAAGAACUAA